AUGCUGUCGCCUGUACAGCUCAGCUGUGAACAUGUGCGAGCGGGUUUAGUUAUUAUAAGUGAUUGUUUAAUUUUGUGAUUCAAAGUAAUUUGUGUGAACACAUGAAUAGUUAUAAAUAUUAAUCGUGACAGAGAAUCAUAUGGUGUGAUUCAUAGAUUACAAGCAAGGAAAAAACGUUAAAACAGCUUUAACAAAUUGUUAUCAUGUGCUGAUGUAUGAAAGUGGUGAUCGAUUCUUCAGUCCCUUAUGUUAUAACUAUUAUUUUUAUAAGGGUGAACGAUGAAUUGGGUUUUUAAAACAUCAUAAUUACAUAUUACUAACACAAACAGUGGUUGAAUUACAAUUUAUAACUUCCGUUAAAGUGUUUAAAAUUUUGUUUCGUAUUUGACGGGAAGUAGCAAAAGACGAUCAGCUAUUGAUAGAAAAAUAAUAAGAAACGAAAAUAAAAUUAAGUAUGGCAGGACAAACAAUAAACGACAGGUUGCUUGCAGCUAGGCAUAGCAUUGCUGGCCAAGGUCUUGCCAAAGCUGUUUGUAAAGCUACUACAGAGGAAAUGAUAGGUCCAAAAAAGAAACACUUAGACUAUUUAAUUCACUGUACUAAUGAACCGAAUGUUUCAAUACCACAAUUAGCUAAUCUUCUGGUAGAGCGAUCGCAAAAUACAAACUGGACUGUAGUUUUUAAAGCACUUAUCACUGUACACCACCUACUUUGUUAUGGAAAUGAGAGAUUUACGCAAUAUCUAGCGUCGAGUAACAGCACCUUUCAGCUUAAUAACUUUUUGGAUAAAAGUGGUGUUCAAGCAGGGGCACGUGUUGGCUAUGAUAUGUCACCAUUUAUCAGACGAUAUGCGAAAUAUUUAAAUGAAAAAGCUAUGUCGUAUAGAAGUGUCGCCUUCGAUUUUUGCAAAGUUAAAAGAGGAAAAGAAGAUAGCACCUUACGUACUAUGAAUGCUGAGAAACUACUAAAAACUCUUCCAGCACUGCAGGCACAGUUGGAUAGUCUUUUAGAAUUUGAUUGCACUGCAAAUGAUCUCACUAAUGGUGUGAUAAGUAUGGCAUUUAUGCUUCUAUUCCGGGAUUUAAUACGACUUUUUGCUGGUUAUAAUGAUGGUAUAAUCAAUCUUUUAGAGAAAUAUUUUGACAUGAAUAAGAAACAGUGUCGAGAUGCUUUAGAUUUAUAUAAAAAAUUCCUAAUAAGGAUGGAUCGAGUCGGUGAAUUCUUAAAAGUUGCAGAGAAUGUUGGAAUCGAUAAAGGAGACAUUCCUGAUCUUACAAAAGCUCCAAGCAGUCUAUUAGAUGCUUUAGAGCAACAUCUUGCAUCGCUGGAAGGAAAAAAAGGUUCCGCUGCAAGCACACCUACGCAGUCCGCGAACAACAGAACGAAUGUAAAGUCAGGAGUCUCUGCACUAUCUUCCACCAGUACAGCGUUUGGGACUGCAGCCAAUAACGCCAAUCUUGAUCAACCAGGAAGCGGUCAAAUCGAUGAAGUUCUAAGGCAACAAGCUCUUGCUGAGGAAGAAGCAGUCAUGAAUCAGUAUAAAGCCAAAAUACAAUCACCAUCUGGAGCUCCGAGUACGAAUCCUUUCCUCAGCUCACCAACUGAAAGUGGUAACGAGGCCAUCGUGGAUUUAUUCAGCUCUGCGUUAGCUUCUACAACACAGGUACAAAAGGCAUCUGAUGAUUUACUCCAACUUGCGGGAAAUCCAUUUGCUGAUAUUUUCACUUCACCAGAGCCUGCUCCGGUUAUUUCAAGUGGUGUAUCAUCUAAUAAUUGGAUAAUUAAUGGUUUCAUGGUACCAGUUCUUCCAGCAAGUAAUAACUUUGUUACAGAUAACAAUUUUUCAACAGCUUUUGGGAAUCACGAUCAACAAACAACUGUAAGUCAAUCAACUGAUGUGACUGGAGUAAAUGUUCUUACUGGGGAUUUAGACAGCAGCUUAGCAAGUCUUGCUCAGAAUCUAACCAUUAAUAAAGGCGCUCAGCAACCAGUUAAGGGUAUACAAUGGAAUUCACCAAAAAAUACUGCAAAAGCGAGUGGCAUGGCAGGAUGGACACCGCAGCCUAUGGCAGCAACAACUGGCGCUGGGUAUCGACCGAUGGGAAUGAAGAAUAUUACAUCAGGAGUUUCAGUCAUACAAAGUACUAACCCAAUAAUGACUACAACUUCAGACCCUUCAACUGGUAGCAUAAUGUUGGGAUCAGGGCCAAUGCCAGUGAUGAUAAAUAAUCAAAUAAGUGGACCUGUGACUCAGCUGCCACAACAACAACAACAACAGCAGCAACAGUCUACAGAUCAGUCAGUGAAUAAUACAAUACCACUCGAUCCUUUUGGUGCUCUAUAAAAAAAAAAAAAAAAAAAAAAAAAAAAAUUUCUGUAUUAAAAAUUUCUAAUUUACACCUUAUGUCAAGACAAAAAAGUACGAAUUUUGGAUUAUAAUUCAAAAUCAAUUUUUAUUUUCGAAAACUAUGUUUGAAUGUUCUUAGGUAUAUAGGAAAAAUAAAUAGAUAAUAAAUUCAAUAAAAAAUAAUAAGUCAUGCAAUAAUUAAGCUUAAUUUUGAAUUUUUCUGUUUUCAGUAUUUUUUUUUUUUCAAGCCGAUCAUUUUAGUGCGAUGAUAACUAUUCUUCUCUCUAAUCAGAUAUUCUGAAUCAUUACAGGUUAUUCAUCGAGAUAUGGACAAAAACUAUCGAAAAGUUGCAUUUCAAAUUGCAUUGAUUUAUAAUUUUAUAAAUCUUGAAAAUAAUUUGAACUUAGAAAUAUUCCCGCUGCCCGUCAUAGCACUUAGCGAAUCCCCGCAUUCAUUUUAAUAUAUCCAGGAAAAAAAGUUGAGAUCUGUUUAGAUCAAAUUUGAUCAAAUUUUCUAGAUCAGGACAGAUCUGUAUGUUCUUUAUAGCUAUCUAGACAAUGUUAGUUCUGGGGAGUUACUCAUAAUUAAAUUGAAACAAAAUCAUUAUGAAUUAUCAUAAUUUAUCAUUUUUCAAAAUAAUUCAUCUGUUUUCAAUAACUAGAUCAUUGUAAGUAAUGUUUUUAUCAAUCAAAAUUUAUUUGCUAUUACUGAGAAACAAUUCUGAAUCCGUCUGCAUAUCAGUCAAAGCUUUUACCACAUUGGCAAUCCACAUACUUGUGUACAUACGUAUGUAAAUAUUCUGUAACUUUUGAACGGAUAAAGCGAUUGUGAUCUCCAAGGUAGCAUUCGACGCAGCUUGUCAAAUACUAUAAGCUGUGAAAAUUUGAGCUUAAUCGAUAGCCUGCGUUUGGAGAUAUUUCAAAAAUAAAAUUUUUUCAAAAAUGUUUUUUUUUUUUUUUUUUUUUUUCGAAAACAAUGGAAUACUAAAGUAUUUUCGAGCUCGAAGAGCCAUCUGGCCUUACCCGGAAUAGAAAAGUAGUUUUGGGGUAUAUUAUGCUGUAAAAUCACCUGGUAACAUUAAUCUUUCCAUAAAUAUUUGUAAAGUAGCGAUCAAUCGAUUAAAAAACCAUAAAAUGUCUAUUUAUUGUGGGUUUUUCAAAUUGAUGUUAAGAAUGAAAAAAAAAAUUUUUUUUUCUGAAAUCGUAAAUGGAGCUUGUGGGGAAUUUAUUCAAAUUUCUGAAACUGCCCUCUAAAUAAAUAAUUAAAUCCAGAAAAAACUUA